AUGCCUGCUCUUUCCAAAGCCCUUCUCGCGGCAGCAGUCGCGCCGGCCGCUAUCGGAGCCGCCCUCCCGCGCUCUGUCGCUAGUGGGAAUGUCGGCCCCGGCAUGAGCUCGAUCAAGACGGCCCGCAAGGUCGACUCGAACGCCGCAGGCCACGGCGCCCGGGCCUUCUACAACGCCCAUCUCAAGUUUGGCGCCACUCCCCCGGAUGCGCUGGUCGCCGCCGUCGCCAAGGGCUCUGUGGUCACCACUCCGAUCAACAGCGAGGACGAGGCCUACGAUGCACCAGUCUCCAUCGGCACCCCCGCCCAGCCAUUCAACCUCGACUUCGACACGGGAUCGUCAGACCUAUGGGUCUUCAGCAGCUUAACGCCCUCCAACGAGCGCAACGGGCAGAACAUUUACACGGCCUCCAGGAGCAGUACCGCCAAGCAGCUUAGCGGUGAGAGCUGGAAGAUUUCAUACGGCGACGGCAGCUCCUCGAGCGGCCUCGUCUAUUCGGAUGUAGUAACCAUCGGCGGCCUCACCGCUGCUGGCCAAGCCGUUGAGGCCGCUUCACGAGUGUCCCAGAGCUUCACCAGCGAGUCCGCUACCGAUGGCCUGGUCGGUCUUGCCUUCAGCAGUAUUAAUACUGUCAGCCCGGACCAGCAGACAACCUUCUUUGACACCGUGAAGCCGUCCCUGGCCUCGCCUGUCUUCACUGCCGAUCUUAAGCACCAGGCUCCUGGAACAUACAACUUUGGCUUCAUUGAUAAGUCAGCCUUUACCGGCUCGAUCACUUAUACGCCAGUCGACAAUAGCCAGGGCUUUUGGGGCUUCACCUCGACCGGCUUCCAGGUUGGCAAUAACGACUUCCAGCAGGAGAGCAUCACAGGCAUCGCCGACACUGGCACCACCCUGCUCCUCCUCCCCGAUGAUGUCGUUAACGCGUACUACUCGAGCGUAAAUAACGCCCAGAACGACCAGAGCGCUGGUGGCUUCACCGUCCCGUGCGACACCAGUCUCCCUGACUUCUCGUUCGGCGUUGGCAACAAUGGCGCCAUGAUCACUAUUCCCGGAAGCCUCAUGAACCUCGGUCCAUCGGGAUCCGGUAAUAGCUGCUUUGGCGGUCUGCAGUCCAGCGGCACUAUCGGUACUAAUAUCUUUGGCGAUGUCGCUCUCAAAGCCGCCUUUGUGGUCUUCGACAGCGGCUCCCAGGGCCAGCCUCAGCUCGGCUGGGCUUCCAAGAACCUCUAG